AAACAAAAAUGCAGUUAUGUUAAGAGUUUUUUAAACGAAUUAAUAAAUAGAUCAGUUGCCAGUCGUAAACUUUUUCAUUAUUUUCUCUCCAUAAAAAAGAAUCUAAUUAAAAAUAAAGAUGCAAGUUUGUUCUGUUUGUAAAAAGGAAGACGACAAUCCCACAGAUUAUGGCGAGUUUAUGAAGAGAUCCGAUAUCUGUGUCCACUAUUACUGCCUGCUUCUCUCCACCAAUCUACCUCAAAAGGGGUUGGACUAUUCUGGGAUUCUAGGCUUCCUUCUACGUGACAUCCGUAUAGAAAUAAAGAAAUGUGCAGAGAAGAUCUGUUGCUAUUGCAAGGAACCAAAUGCUUCCAUCUCAUGCUUCAAAUGCAAAACAUACUUCCACAACAUUUGCGCCAACAAUAACGGCUGCGUCUCUGAAUUUAUCAAUGAAUUCCACUCCUAUUGCCACAAACACGUUCCCUUUGGGAACGAAAAAAUGCUCCCUCAACAAAAUACCUCAACUUGCUGGAUUUGCCACGAUGCCUUGGGCGAAUUCAGCCCCACCCAAACUCUCCGAUCGUACUGCUGUAAGAAUGGCUAUGUCCAUCGUCAUUGUCUGCGUAAAUACGCCCUCACCGCAGGCUAUCAUUUGGCAUGUCUAUGGUGCACAAGUAAGGCGUUUCGCGAUGACGUCCGGAAGCAUGGAGUGUUUGUCCCCGAUCGGGAGGCGAUCUGGGACAACAACGAAACUCUUCGCUACACCGAUCUCCAUCGAGGCUACUCUCAGUGUGAUGCCAAAGUUUGUCAAUGCCCACAAGGUCGCGAAUUCUUUCGGGGUCCAUGGAAACUGAUUGUCUGUUGUACGUGUGGAGCCUCAGGAGUGCAUAACAAAUGCGGCCGAGAUAAAAUAUCUAAAAACAUUUACACAUGCGACACAUGCAGGCAGAUCCUUGCGCGCUCCAAACAAACAAAAGAUCAAGGGAAAAAUGCCAAAGCUGCUUCUUCCGCAUGCAAUUACACAAUGUUCAUGUCAAAAACAUGCGAGGAUUCUGAGGAAGUCGGGCAGAUUGUGACUGUGAGUUCCGUGGAUUCCCUUGAGGAAGAACAAAAUAUUCAAGAAGAGGAUAAAGGAGAAGAAGAUAUACAAGAAGAGGAUAAAGAAGAAGAAGAUAUGCAAGAAGAUGGAAAGGAACAAGAAAAUAUACAAGAAGAGGAGAAAGAAAAAGAUAUCUUCCAAGAGAAUAAAGAAGAUAGAGAAAUGCAAGAAGAGGGCAAAGAACAAGAACAAGAAAAUAUACAAGAAGUGAAGCAAGCAAAAGAACCCCCAACACCCACCAAAAAAACACAAACUAAAAAUGUUUCAAGUCCCCAAAAAAAGUCACAACUAACAGAAUUGUUUGUAUUUGGAAGGGCCGGCGAAAUAGUUGGCACAGUCCAAGUCGAGAAGGAUAAACUUCAAGAAAAACCCGAUAAGACCCUCUUCUGCAAGGAAGAAGACGCUAUGGGCUUUUCGAGCUCGGACGCAUUGCUCAAUUCGAUAUUUUCAGAUAUUUUGGAAGAGGGUCGAGAAUUAUCGGAGGACAUGGUGGACGAAGUUUUCGAGCGAUACAAGCUGUUACUGGAGACUUUUGGAGAUCCAGAUGAUUGAUUAAAAUCACCUUCAGAAUCCCAGAGACCAAACAUCACAAUAAAAAUAAAACUCUGUUAUUUUGUUAUUAAAAUUCGUUAUAA